AUGACCAUCGAAAAGAGUAAACUUCAGCUUCCAACUAUCAAAGAUUUUCAUUUUCUAAAAACAAUCAGCCGUGGUGGUUACGGCCGAGUUUAUCUAGCUACAAAGAAAAAUGAUGAAAAUGAGACGAAAUACGCGAUUAAAGUUAUCAAUAAACAUGAUAUACGAAAAAAGAACUUAAUUGAUCAAAUUCUCAAUGAACGUGAUGCAUUAGCUACCAUGCAUAGUCAAUUUGUUGUUCGGCUAUUCUAUUCCUUGCAAACAAAAGAUGAGAUAUAUCUAGUGAUGGAAUACAUGAUCGGAGGAGAUCUUAUGUCGUUUCUUUGCAUUAAACAAAUACUCGAAAGACAUGAAGCACAAUUCUAUGUAGCGGAAAUUGCCCUUGCGCUCGACUAUCUACAUCGAAAAGGCGUUGUUCAUAGAGAUUUAAAACCAGAUAAUGUUUUAAUAUCAUCAACUGGACACAUCAAAUUAACCGAUUUUGGUCUAUCGGAAAUUCGAAAUAGACGAAAAGUGUCUGUUGCUGAUGUUAUCGGUACACCGUCAGUAUGUAAAGUCCGAGUUUUUCGUACACCCGGUCAAAUCAUAUCUCUAACAUCGGAUUUCAGUUUUUCAUCGAGUGAAUCAGAUUCAGAACACCUACACAUAUCAACAUCAGUGCAUAGCAAUCCAGCUAGUGCAACAUCGAACGAGAAUAUCCCAAUUAAUAAUAGUUAUCAUCGUUCGUUUUCUUCGUCGCGUAUUGCUGAUUGUAGUUUACGUGUAUAUCGUCAACCGUUACCUUUAUGUAUACCGGAAAAUGAACCGAUUUCAUUUGGAAAUGAUGAUCUCGAUGAACAUGACGAGGCUAGCACAAGCAAUAUAUCCGAUUUUUUAUUUUGCAGUCCUAAAGGACGAUCACCAACGACUUUACAAACUGUGAAGCAACAGCCACGUAUCUAUCCGAAAACCAUUUCAAGAUUAUUAGCAUCAUCGCCUGCUCACCAGAAUCAAUUUCGUGUAUUUCGCGGUAUGGGACAAACUCUACAUCCAACGACGGCGAAUACACUUGCUGCACCGAUCUCAGCAUCACCAUGUUUAUCACCUAUACGAUAUUCACUGGACAUAUCAUCGAUUAAUCAUAUCCAAGCACAGCCUAUCGAAGAAGAACCAGUGGAUAAUAUACAACAUCAUUCAUUACCAACGGACGAUGGUUCAGUUAAAUCGGUAUGUCUUGCGCAAAAUGUGUCCACUGGUCGAAUCCUAAGCGAUGUCACCAAUAAUACUUCUAUUCGAAGUAGUUUUCUUCGAUCACCAAUCCAUCCCAAUGUUUCAGGACCUGUUUUGGGUACACCAGACUACCUCAGUCCAGAGAUUUUGCUACAAGAUGAAAAUCACACUUCAGCCGUUGAUUUUUGGGCACUCGGUGUAUGCCUGUUUCAAUUUCUAGUUGGUGUAACACCUUUCUCUGAUGAAUGUCCACGUGCAAUAAUCUCCAAUAUUUUAAAUUAUCGAAUUCUAUGGCCAGAGGAUGAUGAGAGUCAAUUAGAUGAUGAUGCCAUCAGUGUCAUCAAAGGUUUACUUAGUUACGAUCCUAGUUUACGACUUCAACUAGACGAUUUGAAAAAAGAGCCUUUCUUUGAUACAAUUGAUUGGGACAAUCUUGCCAAUGCUCCUGCACCAUUUAUUCCCGCACCUGAUAAUGAUUCGGAUACAUUCUAUUUUGAAGCUCGAAAUCGAGCAAUCGGCUUUGAUGAAGAAUCAGCCGAUCAUCACUCCAUGUUGUGA